CUGCGAAAACCUAGAGAUUCUUCCACAAGGUGUCAAUCUUGAAUCUCUAGAUCGCCUUGAUCUUAGUGGAUGCUCACGGUUGAAGAGUUUUCCUGAUAUCUCAACCAAUAUCACAUGGCUCGAUCUAAGCGAUACAGCAAUUGAAGACAUCCCACAUAAGUUGCAUAUAAAGAAGCUCGCUUGUCUUUUCAUGGAAACAAUUACGACUACUAAACUGUGGGAAGGAAUGCAGGGAAAGCGACGCUACAAUGAUUGAAGACAUCACCAAUGAUGUUUCCCGUAAACUACUUUCAACUACGUCGAAGGAGUUUGAGGAUCUUGUUGGCAUUGAAGAUCAUAUCGCAGAGAUAAGUACAUUGUUACGUUUGGAGUCUGAGGAAGUCAGGAUGCUUGGUAUAUGGGGUUCCUCUGGAAUUGGUAAGACUACCAUCGCAAGAGCUCUGCUGAACCGAUUUUCUUCAAGGUUUCAACGAAGCAUCUUUAUAGACAUGGCUUUCGUAUCUAAGAGUAAGAACUUGUAUCCUAGUGCAAAUGCGGACGACUACAACCUGAAGUCACAUUUACGGAAAGAAUUUCUAUCCGAGAUUUUGGGCGAAAAGGACACUAAGAAAGAGCAUGUGGGUGCACUGGAAGAGAGGCUAAAAAACCGAAAAGUUCUUAUCAUUAUUGAUGAUUUGGAUGAUCCAAUGGUGCUAGAUGCCUUGGUUGGUCAAAAUCAUAGGUUUGGACGUAGGAGCAGAAUCAUCAUGGUCACAAAAGAUAAGCAUCUCUUAAGGGCACGCAAGGUUGAUUGUAUUUACGAGGUUGUUCUCCCAUCUAAAGACCUUUCUCUUAAGAUGUUAUGUCGAUAUGCUUUCUGUAAAGAUUCUCCACCUGAUGGUUUGAUGGAACUUGCUUCUGAAGUUGCACUGCUUGCCGGUAAUCUUCCUCUGGGUCUUAAAGUUUUAGGUUCCCAUUUACAAGGUAGGAAUAAAGAGGACUGUAUUGAUAUGUUAUUGAGGCUCCGAAGUGGCUUGGAUGGACGAAUUGGGAAAACAAUGAGAGUCAGCUACGAUGGGUUAAAUAACAGAAAAGAUAAAGCAAUAUUUCGUCAUAUUGCAUGCUUUUUCAACGGUGCACAUAUCAAUGACAUCAAAGAGCUCCUAGCAAAUAGUGACUUCGAUAUCAAUAUCGGGCUAGUCAACCUCAUCGAUAAGUCCCUGAUACAGGUAAGAUCGGGUAAUGUAGAGAUGCACUGUUUGCUACAAGAGAUGGGUAAGGAAAUUGUCCGUGAAGAGUCCAAUGAUCCUGGAGAACGAGAAUUCCUUGUGGAUUCAAAAGAGAUUUGCUAUGUGCUUAGUAACACCAUUGGUACGAAGAAGAUUUUAGGUAUAUCACUCGAUACCAAUGAGAUUGAUGAGUUGAAUGUACACGAGAAAGCCUUUGAAAGUUUGCAUAAUCUCGUUUUUCUAAACAUUUACACGAAGAAAAGAAUGAUGGAGGAAGAAGAGAGAUUGCAUUUACCAGAAGGCUUCAACAAUUUUUCCCCCAAACUCAGAUUAUUGUGCUGGGACAGAUACCCAAUAAGUUACAUGCCUUCCAACUUCCGCCCAGAAAACCUCGUUAAGCUCCAAAUGCAGAGGAGCAAACUUGAGAAGUUGUGGAAAGGAGUUUGUGAACUUAAAGGACUCAAGAUUAUGGACUUGGGGGGAUCCAGAAAUCUUAUGGAAAUUCCAAAUCUUUCUAAGGCCACUAAUCUUCAGAUACUUCGUCUCAACAACUGCUCGAGUUUGGUGGAGCUUCCCUCCACUAUCCAGUAUCUCAAUAAUCUGGAGGAGUUGAACAUGCAGUUUUGCGAAAACCUAGAGAUUCUUCCAAAAGGUGUCAAUCUUGAAUCUCUAGAUCACCUUGAUCUUAGUGGAUGCUCACGGUUGAAGAGUUUCCCUGCUAUCUCAACCAACAUCUCAUUUUUGAAUAUAAGCCAAACAGCGAUCGAAGGAAUUCCCACAAAUUUGCAUUUUGAUAAUCUCGUUAAUCUUUUCAUGUAUGACAUGAUGAGUGUUCAACUAUGGAAAGGAAUGCAGCCGCUUACACCCCUCAUGACCAUGCUGCCUCCCACUUUGGAAAUACUGUAUCUCUCGGAUAUCCCAAGUUUGUUGGAGCUUCCUUCCUCAAUUCAGAAUCUCUAUAAACUGGAGGUGUUGCACAUUAUUGAGUGCACAAAUCUGGAGACUCUUCCUGCCGAAAUAAACCUUGAAUUUCUCAAGAUCCUCCAUCUUACUGGAUGCUCACGGUUGAAGAGCUUUCCAAAUAUCUCAACCAAUGUCUUGGCUCUCUUUCUAGAACAAACUGCUAUUGAAGAAGUUCCUGGGUGGAUCGAGAACUUUGAUCACCUCACCUACCUACACAUGAGUGAAUGCAACGAGUUAAAAUAUGUUUCCUUAAACAUUUAUAAAUUGGAACAUCUAGAGGUGGUUGACUUUUCAUACUGCGGGUCGUUGACUGCAGCUAGCUGGAUUGAAAGUCCAUGUCUGCUGGCAAUGGAAACAAAGAAUAUCCACUCGAAGUUUCAGGUCUCCAACGAGACUUCUGCUCUUCUUCCAGAUAAUUAUGUCCCAAAAAUCCAGCUCAAGCUGAGCAAAUGCAACGAAUUGGAUGAAGAAGCUAUCCUUCGGCAACAACCAUGGUUCUUCAAGUCCUUGAUGUUUUUAGGUGAUAAAGUGCCUCCAUUUUUCACGCACCGUAAUACUGGAACCACUCUCAGCGUCCCUCUACUUUACACCUCUCUUUCCCAACAGUUCUUCAAAUUCAAGGCUUGCGCAGUGGUUGCAUCAACAACUUCCACAUAUAUUCCAUUCGAAAUCCAGGUACAUUGUUGGUUCAUAGACAGACUUGGGAACUACAUCUAUUCGGAUAACUGGCCAUUGACCAUCACGACAGCUAAGUUUAAUACUCAUCUGGUUAUUUUUGAGUGUUACUUCCAUCGAUUCCCUCUAAAUGAAGACAAUGCUCCACUAACGCAACUUAGUUACGAUUACGUGGAGUUAGAGUUUUUCACGGAGUACUAUGAAUUCCAAAUUAUAGGAUGUGGUAUACGACUCCCUGAGGACGGUCCAUAUUUAAAAAGUGAUAGGUAUGGAGCCAGAGCGCUAAGAGGAAGAAGAGCCCCGAGUAGAAGAUGGAAUCCCGUGGGAAAAAUUUACAGUAGGCUGAAUAUGAAUCGAAGACGAAGGAAGCAAAUGAGCGUCCCGCGUACACCCGUCAGGAUCAUGCUGUCAACUUUUUUGACGUCUCUGGAACUCUCGCAUAUACCAAUUUUGGUGGAGACUAUUUCUUCAUUCCAGAUUCCUAAUAAUUUGAAGAAGUUGAGGAUUAUAUAUUGCAUGGAUCCGGAGACUCUUCCGGAAGGCAUCAACUUAAAAUCUCUCGACUUAUACUAUCUAACUAGAUGCUCACGGCUUCAAACCUUUCCUGAUGUCUCAACCAACAUCUCAAAGCUCUAUCUAAGUCAUACAGGGAUCGAAGAGGUUCCUUGGUGGAUCAAAUACCUGUCUCACCUAGUCUCCAUGGAGAUGUGGAAAUGCAACCAGCUAAAAUACAUAUCACCAAGAAUUUUCCAACUUGAUAAUAUUGACGUGGUUUCCUUCUCAGACUGUGAGCAGUUGGCAGAAUUUGAAGGGACAAAAGAAGCAAAAGGCAUCAACAAUCCUCUCACCAUGUUGAUCAUGUUCACCAACUGCUUCAGACUGAAUCAAGUCGACGCAUUCGCUCAACAAUCAGCUUCCAUGCAUCUCAUAUUACCAGGUGUCAAAGUGUCUCCAUGUGUUACUAACCUCUCUACUGGUAGCUUCCUUACCGUCUCUCGACAUCAUUCGCCUCUCUCUCAACAAUCACCUUUGGACUUCAAGGCUUGUAUCUUGCUUUCUGAAGUAACCGCUAGCCAUCAUCAGCUUUGCUUUAUAGACAUCCAUGUACAUUAUCGUUUCAUAGAUAGCCACGGGAACUACUUUGAGCCGGCUGAACCAAGCUGUUUCUCCUUGGAUCAGAAAAUUAAUCACCUGAUUAUGUUUGACUGUCACUUCCCUCUAAACCAAGAGUGGGAUCAAGUUGAGAUAGAGUUUCGUCAUAAUAGUAACCGACUCAGACUAAAAGAAUGCUGUAUGCCACUCUCGGAUGACCCUACUCCAUUUCUGGUAACUUGGAAAGAAAUCGAUGAAAGCAAAUUUGAUGAUGAUGAAGGCUAUGCCACUGCACUUAGUAAAGAAGAGUGGGGAGGCGACAGUGAUGAUAUAGGCUAUGAGACGGCAGAUGAUGAAGAAGAUUGCGGACACAAUACUGAUAAUGAAGACUAUGAUACUGCACUUAGUGAAGACGAGUUUGGAGACAACCAAAGAUCCUAUUGAUUUGCUUCGCAAAGGUACAACAAUUGUUAAUUGAUUCUAAUAGCUUAAUAGCUUACACGUUUCUGUAUCCCUUGUAAUCGAUCUUGCAUAUUAUAGUUACACUCAUGAACAAUACAUUUAUAUUUAUGUAUGAUAAAGAAACAAACGUCAAGAGAAAAUCUUUACUACUA